AGGUGUAGGCGGCUGCUGGUGUAUGACUGCAUGGAUCAUGAUUAUAAAGAGCUGCCGGUUCCACGCUGCCUGGACACAGACCACACCGAGCUGCUGCCAUGGCCCACACAGUGACGACCCCCUGCUGGGACGAGGACCAGCCCGUGUGCAUCCUCCUCAGACACUGCCAGGACAUGAAGCGACAGGAGACGCGCCUCCGGCUCCUCACCGUGCUGCUGCUCCUCGGCUGCUCGGCACUUUACAUCUUCUCCCUCUGGGCUGAGCUCAGGAAACCAGAUCACCAAAGCUCAGGUGAGCAAAGAGCAGCCGAGCCUCUUCUGGAGAGACAGCAUGCUGCAGGAAAGAAAAGAUUCAACAUUCACCUCAGUUCCCAGCACACGGAGAGCAGCACUGACGGGUACAUCAGGUGGGAAGAGAUCCUCUUCUCAGAUCAACGCUACGACCCAGAGAGACAAGCCAUCGUCAUUCCUGAGGACGGAAUCUACUACAUCUACAUCAGGACUUCCUUGAGUUGUGUCAAUGUUUCCCAAACCGCAUUGUUCAACAUGUUCUAUAUGGAGCUGCACCGCUGGAACGAUGAUUACCCGGACAGCAAGGUCCUCACCUCCUCCAGGGACGGGCUGUGGUGUCCUCACCAGGAGUUCGGGACCGUGAGCGUGGGGGGGCAGUUCAAGCUGUCGGAGGGAGAUCACGUGAGCGUCCGGAUCGGAGCCGGCUAUGAACUGAUCUACAAAUCCACAUUUGGGGCUUUUCUUGUGGAGGGUUAGGGUUUCUGCUCAUUGAUUCAGGCUUUAUAAUGUAUUUUAUUUUAUGUUUUAUAUAUUAUAAAUUCUCUUUGGUUAUUUAUCACCACUCAUUAAUAAGCUUUGUAUGUUUUACAGUAACUUGAGGCUUUAAAAUGACUGUUUGGGAAGAUUUCAACAGAAUAAUGAACAGAUAUUAACUAAACAUUAAACUAUCUUACUGAGUCUAUUUAACAGCAGUUUUAUAUUAACUCUGAUCGUUACUAUUAAUAAUUCUGGUGAAAAGAAUGUGUGGAAAAAUGUGAAAAUCAUCUUAUAGCUGAACAGCUCAUGAAUCUGAUACUGAGUAUUGGCACUGGUGUCAUUCAGUUUAAUGACAUAACUUUUUUAUUGUUGAACAAGAUUUUUGUAUUAUGUAUUAGGAUUUUAUUACUACUUUAUGUUAUUGUAUUUUUUGACAAUGUAUUUUUCUGCAUGAACAAACUUGAUUUGAUACAUGACACUACAACUGGAUUCUUUAAAUUCACAUAAGAGACUUGAUUUGAGUUGAACAGAACAGGAAGUUUAAUAAAACUACAAUAUACAAAGAAAAAAUCGAGAAGAAACUGUGAAAAUUUGGACUUCCCACAAUAUGAUCACAUAUAUUAUGUGUACUUCAGGUUUGGUGAAGUGUAAAGUGAAAACUGAGGAAUAUAAAGAUCACUUAUGGUUCAUCACGACAGAAAAAGUGCUUUUUGUUCAAAUAACUUGUUUUUCAUUCAAUUAAAUAAUUCAAACUGGA